GGCAGCUGGCUCCUUGCUCCCAGCAGAGGUCACAACUGGAAGGUGCAAGUCCUCCCAGAUCCCUGCUCUGCUAGGAUCUUGAUCUUGGACUUCUGAACCCCAGAACCGCCAGGUUCCUGCGGGAAGAGAGAGGUGCCAGAUCUGAGGGACUUAAACUGACACCAUGUUGGAAUCGAGAUCCCAAACCCAGCAGAGCAGCAGCCACAAUGGCCCAGAGGCUAGCCUGUGGUCCUCAGGUUUUAGUAUGAAGCUGGAGGCUGUCACCCCAUUUCUGGGCAAGUAUCGCCCCUUUGUGGGUCGCUGCUGCCAGACCUGCACCCCUAAAAGCUGGGAGUCCUUCUUCCACAGGAGCCUGAUGGACCUGGGCUUCUGCAAUGUGAUCCUGGUGAAGGAGGAGAACACCAGGUUUCGGGGCUGGCUAGUUCGUAGGCUCUGCUGUUUCCUGUGGUCUCUGGAGCAGCGCAUCCCCCCCUGCCAGGAUCCCCUGCAAAAGAUCAUGGAAAGCACUGGGGUACAGAGCCUGCUGUCAGGGAGAGCCCCGGGAGGUGCUGGGGAGGGCCAGCCGCCUGCCCUGCUGAAGGAGGAGGUGAGGCGCAUCCUGGGCCACAUCCAGGCCCCACCCCGCCCCUUCCUGCUCAGGCUGUUCAGCUGGGUGCUGCUGCGGUUCCUGAACUGCCUCUUCCUGAAUGUGCAGCUCCACAAAGGCCAGAUGAAGAUGGUGCACAAGGCUGCCGAGGCGGGCUUGCCGCUCGUCCUCCUCUCUACUCACAAGUCGCUCCUGGACGGGAUCCUGCUGCCCUUCGUGCUGCUCUCCCAGGGCCUGGGCGUGCUCCGCGUGGUGUGGGAUACCCACGCCUGCACCCCUGCCCUCAGAGCUCUGCUGAGGAGUCUUGGGGGGCUUUUCCUGCCUACAGAGGCCAACCUCUUCCUGGAUAGCCCCGAAGAGGUCUUCGCAAGGGGGGUGGUCCGUGCUGCCGUGGAGCAGCUGCUGCUCAGUGGGCAGCCCCUGCUCAUCUUCCUGGAGGAAGCUCCUGGGGCCCCAGGGCCCCGGCUGUCAGCCCUGGGCCAGGCCUGGCUAGGGCUGGUGGUGCAGGCGGUGCAGGCAGGUAUAGUCCCAGAUGUUACACUGGUGCCAGUGGCCAUCGCCUAUGACCUGGUUCCAGAUGCACCAUAUGACAUGCACCAGGCCUCAGUGCCCAUGGGGCUUUGGACGGGUGCUCUCGCUGUCCUGCGGAGACUGUGCAGUGGCUGGGGCUGCAGCCACAAGGCCUGUGUCCGAGUGCAGCUGGCUCAGCCCUUCUCCCUGCAGGAGUACACCACCAAUGCCAGAAGCUGCUGGGGCGACAGGCAGACCUUGGAGCACUUGCUACAGCCCGUCAUUCUGGGCCAUUGUGCCAUUGUCCCAGACACUGAGAAGGAGCAGGAGUGGACCCCAGUCACUAGGCUGCUUCUGGCCCUCGGGGAGGAGGACCAGCUCCUGGUCAGGAGGCUCAGUCGCCACAUCCUGAAUGCCAGUGUUGCAAGCUCAGCAGUGAUGAGCACAGCCAUCAUGGCGACAUUGCUGCUGACCAAACACCGGAAGGGUGUGGCCCUGUCACAGCUGUUGGGGGACUUCUCCUGGCUGACGGAGGAGAUGUUGCUGCGGGGCUUUGAUGUGGGCUUCUCAGGACAGUUGCGGAGCCUGGUGCAGCACACGCUGAGCCUGCUGCGGGCCCACGUGGUUCUGCUGCGGGUCCAUCAGGGUGACCUGCUGGUGGUGCCACGGCCUGGGCGAGGCCUUGUGCACCUGGCGCACCUGAGUGCCGAGCUGCUGCCCAUCUUCUUGAGCGAGGCAGUGGGUGCAUGUGCUGUGCGGGGGCUGUUGGCAGGCAGGGUGCCACCCGAGGGGCCCUGGGAGCUGCACGGUGUGGAGCUGUUGAGCCAGAGAGAACUGUACCACCAGGUCCUGCUGCUGCUGCACCUGCUGCCCAGGGAUCUGCUGCUGUUGCAGCCCUGCCAGUCUUCCUACUGCUACUGUCAGGAAGUGCUGGACCGGCUCAUCCAGUGUGGUCUCCUGGUUGCUGAGGAGACCCCAGGCUCUCGGCCAGCGUGUGAUACAGGGCGACAGCGUUUGAGUGCAAAGCUGCUGUGGAAGCUGAGUGGAGACUUCAGUGACAGUGACAGUGAUGACUUUGAGGAGGCACAGGGCCGGUGCUUCAGGCUUGGUGAGCAGUCACGCUGCCCUGACUUCUUCAUCUUCUUGUGUCGCCUGCUCAGGCCCCUGCUCAAGGCUUUUGCCCAGGCUGCAGCCUUCCUCCGCUGGGGACGGUUGCCCGAUACUGAGUCAGGCUAUGUGGAACAGCUGCUGGGGUUCCUUCAGACCAGCGCACAGGAAGAAGGGCUGUUCGAGUAUGCAGACCCAAACCUCGCCCUCAGCGCUGUCUGGACCUUCAGAGACCUGGGGGUGCUGCAGCAGACACCCAGCCCCGCGGGCCCCCAGCUCACCCUGUCCCCUGCGUUUGCCAGCCAGGACAGUCAGCACAAGCUGGAACAGUUCAUCCGACAGUUUGUGUGUAGCUAGGUCUCGGCCCAGAGCUGAAGUCAUACAUAACA